UGAGCGCUUCCUUGUCAAGAUGGCGGCUCCCUUGACUCUACUUUUGAUUGUAGCUGUUACGAUCCGCGCGGCUCUGUACAGAUCCAGUCUAGCGGACUUAAUAUCGGAGCGGGUCGAAGUGGUAUCUCCGUUAACGGCCUGGAAGAGAGUUGUUGAAGGUUUGGCUCUGCUCGACCUCGGAGUGUCACCGUACUCUGGAGAUGUUUUCCACGAGACUCCUCUCAUCAUUUACCUUUUCCACUUUGUGGUCGACUACGCAGAGAUCACGUUCAUGUUAGCCGAUGUGAUCACUGCUGUGGCGCUCUACAUGGCAGUGAUGGACUACAACAAACAAGUGUUCAGGAAGCAGAAGUUUGCUCUGGAGGCGGACCGUUACCCCCACGACUGUCUGGAGCUCAUCAGGACUCCUAAAGAGAUGUACUACAUCCCUCUGAAGGUCGCCAUGUUCUACCUGUUGAACCCAUUCACCAUCCUGUCCUGCGUCGCCAAGUCAACCUGCGGCCUGAACAACGCCGUCAUCUCCCUCUUCAUUCUCUCCACGAUAAAAGGAAACGUCUUACUGAGCGCCGUGUUUCUGUCUUUGGCGACGUAUCAGUCCAUCUAUCCUCUGACUCUGUGCGCUCCGGCUCUGCUCUACCUCAUGCAGCGUCAGUACAUCCCGGUGAACUUCCGGCGAGCGAGUUUCUGGUGGUUCAUGGCUCAGUACGGCUUCAUGUACCUGGGCAGCCUCUCCGUCAUCGUCUGCCUCUCCUUCUUCCUGCUCGGCUCGUGGGACUACCUGCCGUCUGUCUACGGCUUCAUUCUCUCCGUGCCCGAUCUGACCCCAAACAUUGGCCUCUUCUGGUAUUUCUUCGCCGAGAUGUUCGAACACUUCCGCCUGUUCUUCCUCUGCGUAUUCCAGAUCAACGUCUUCUUCUACACCAUCCCGCUGUCCGUCAAACUCAAGGAGCACCCAGUGUUUCUGAUCUUCAUGCAGUUAGCCGUGAUCUCCAUCUUUAAGUCGUACCCCACAGUGGGAGACAUUGCGCUCUACAUGGCCUUCCUUCCUGUCUGGAGUCACCUGCACAGAUUCCUGAGGAACAUCUUCUUGGUGUCCUGCGUCCUGUUGGCGUGCUCCGCUCUGUUUCCCGUCCUCUGGCACCUCUGGAUCUACGCCGGCAGCGCCAACUCCAACUUCUACUACGCCAUCACGCUGCUCUUCAACGUGGCUCAGAUUCUGCUGGUGUCGGAUUAUUUCUACGCCUUCUUGAGGCGGGAGCAUCAUCUCACCUACGGACUGUACCUGAAGAGGAAAGACGGCUCAGAGGCCACGCUGGUCCUGAAAUAAAACGCCUGCUCUACCCCACACACACACACACACACACACAUACACACACACACACACACACACACACACACCUGUCUGACAGUCGGAGCAGAAACAAACAGCUGGAGGUCUGAUGUAUCCUCAAAGGGAUCAAACACAGACUGAGGAGGGUCAAAGACCUUCAGAGACACAUCGGGACGUGCGUAUCCGAUACGACGAUUUACGCAAACCGUGAGUCACAACACGACAGACACCUGCAGAGCCGGGACGCAGACAUGUGCUCUCGUUUUACGGGGAUUCUUUUGAAGCCUUUUUCCUCCUGACAGACUCUCUAGCAGACGUUGGCCUUGCUCACUGGAAAGCUCCGCCCCCUCACACACUUUCAUCAUGUUGUUUUAUGUUUGUGUUGAAGCUGAUUUAUAAAAGACGGGACUGAGAGGGAAGUCAUGUUUUAUGGUUCUUAUGGAAGCCUAAAGAUGCUUGUUUGUCUCACCAUUUCCUGCCGAGUUUUCAGUCUGAUCCUGAAUGGAGGAAUCCCAGAUUAUCUGUGUUUAAUCUCAGAUGAUGUUUAUAAACUCAGACAUCGUCCUGACGAGUGGAAGCUUCAGGUGCCUGAAAACACUCAAACACUGACAGAGACAACAGUGAAUGUGUUUAAAAAACUAACGUCCAGGAUGUGUGGAGAGGAAGAUAGUGAAAAAUUCUGAUACUUUUAGGUACUACAUGUUUUUCUCUAUGCUAAACUAAGCUAACUAGCUUCUUCCUGGGCUACAUAUUUAACAUAGAAACAUAAAGUGGUUUAAUCUUCUCAUCUUUGUUUCUGCUGUAAGGAGCAUAACUACCCAAAACUUUGACUUCAACUGGAAAACUAAUGAUUUAUAAUGUUUGGACCGAGCCAGGCUAGCUGUUUCUCCUGUUUCCAGUCUAUAUGCUAAGCUAAGCUAACUAGCUUCUUACUGGGCUACAUAUUUACCGUAGAAACAUAAAAAUGGUCUUCACCUUCUCGUCUUUCUUUUUGGUUGGACUGGAAAACAAACGAUGGAAUUUAUAAUAUUUAGACUGAGCCAAGCUAGCAGUUUGAUGCUAUAAUGUAUGCUAAGCUAAGAAGCUGCUGCAUGUACAUUCAAAUUUAACAUGAGAUAUCAGUCACCCAUUUGGAGACAUAUGUUUUUCCCAAAGACGGCCAAUGAACAAUGUGACACAAAAAGCAGCAAUAACACGUCCUGAUUCAACACUAACCAUGCUACAUGCUAACAGGAUACAGUUUUAGCUUUAGCCUAACAAGAAACCUCAACAUCCUUUUUUUGCUUUACAGUAAAUAUUAAAAUACAUAA